UUUAACAAUAGAAUAAACCUUGGGUGGGAGUAGGUCUUUUGGCCUAUCUUCGGUUUAGAACUACCCAAUUGUAUAUUGAUUAUCAGAUUGUUUGCGCGAGAUUCAAAUUUCAUACUCAGGGUCAUCACUGAUCUGGUCACCCCGUUGUAGGAGGACAGGGACAUUAAAUUUUAAAAAACAAAAUAAAAAACCUCAAAACCCCACCAUUACUUCUAUCGUUCGGCCGGAAUGCGUUGAAAUUAACGAAACAGUGGCACCCAGUGAGAUCAGAAAUGCCGGCAGAGCCCCCUCCUUUCCAGGAAGCAGCUCGCUGUGACGUUUGCAAAUGCAGGUUCAACCCUUUCUGCCGUCGGCAUCAUUGCCGAUGUUGUGGCAGGACAUUGUGCCGUGAACACUCUUCAAAUCAAAUGGCUUUACCACUGUUUGGUAUUCACACCGCUGUGAGAGUUUGCGCCGAUUGUUUUAAUAAUUCUUCUCGUACUGGGACUGAUAAUCGUCAAACAUCUCCUGAUGGGAUUAAUCCUAUGAUAGAUACAUUCUCUAGAUUAGACAUAGGUGCAGAUGUUGAUGAAAAGAUGGAGACAGUUGCUGAGAAUCACCCUGUUUCAGGAGUUGUGGAGUGCAAGUGUGGUAUGCCUUUGUGCAUUUGUGAAGCUCCCGCUCCAGCUUUAGCUUCAUCCCCACCCACUGAUGCAUGUCCCCUACCGAUAUUGGGUUUAAGAGAAGCUAUUAAGAAUGGAGUUACUGCUGCUGUCAAGAAGCUGCAGAGUGAGGGUGUGGAUGCAAAUUUUCAUGACAAACAAGGAAUGUCUCUGCUACAUCUGGUAACACUUUUUAAUCAAACUGAUAUAGCUUUUAUCCUCAUGGAAUGUGGAGCAAGCUUGGACUACAGGAACACACAAGGGGAAACACCUCUGGAUUGUGCACCAGCCACUUUACCAUACAAAAUGCGUCAGAAGAUGGAAGAGAAACAGCAGUGAACAGACCGCAACGACUUGAGGAAAAUGGGUUAAGCAAGUUGUCAGUUUCCCUCCCAUUGUGUACAAGUGCUGCCUGGAUUUUGUGAUAUACAGAUACAGGCCACAACUCUUGGAGUGUGAAUCAGGGUUCUCUUCCAAGGUAACAAAAGAAGUUUUCUUUUCAAUAUUCCUGCAGCAAGGGCGCAUAUAUUUGUGCAUGACUUCAAGCGUGUAGUUGAUGUGUGGAAUAAAUUUUUAGCAAUGUUCUCGUAUCUAUUUUUGAAUACAUAAAUGAGUAUACAUAUAAUGUGUUAUCAUAUAAUUCGGUAUUAUUUAAUCUUUAAUUUAAAAUCA